AUGUUAUCCCAUCGCCCAUCUCUGCCGACUGCUUGGCCGUCUUUGUCUCUGCCUCUGCUAUCCGCCGCCACGAACCCUCCAGCCCGUCUGGUCGUCGCUCGGUGUCUUCGCCGUCAGCCCACAACACGAGUCUACCCACCGACAGCCGCACAGACAGGCCGCCAGACCGACAGAGCUGGGCAAAGUGGGCAUGGACAGAAGAAAACAAGCCUGGCCCAGUCGUCCAGUCUCUGCGGCCGUCAACAGACAGACAUACAUACAGACACACACACAUGCACACACAAGCACAGAAAUAGACACAUACACACACCGAAUUGGGCGAAAUCCCCACAUCCACCAGGCCACUACGUCCGGCUUGGCAGAUACGCAAAGAGAGACGAAAUUCUGCACAGUUUCCUUUCAUCUCUGCUCGCCUCCGGUACGGUUGGGCCGGUCUCUAACCGGCAACUCUGGUGCAGGCGACAGCUCGAAUUGAGUCCUAGCAACGAGCAGUUGGCUGAAGCCCGAUUGCAUGAAACCUCGAACCUCGAGCCUCGGGAUCGAAUCUCGCGACGCAGCAGGUCUCAGCCCAUCGGCCCUCUGCUCAUUGAACCUCUGACGUCAGGAGACCGGACACCGAACACCGGAUUUAACCACAAACCAUCUUGUCCUCCGCCUGACAACCACACAUGCGCUGUUGCCGAGCUGAACUGCAAUCUGGGAUUAUCGUAUGGAAUUUAA